AUGUGCAGAGAAGCCACGCCACAAAGCUCCUUGGUACUUCCAUAUUCUUCACGUCAUUCAUUUGUAACAAUUAUGGAUCCCGAAAGUGAAUCGCUGGAAAGAUCUAAGAUUGAACUUAGAUUGAGAAAGAAUUCUGAGAUGGAGCUCAAGGACUUUGCCUGUAGAAUUGUCACAGACAACUCCAGACCAUUUACGGUUCUCGAUGAAGAGGAAGGGGAGGAAGAGGCUCCGAUGGAAAAUCUGAAAUGGUGUCUGGUAGGGAAAAUAAUCGCAGACAAAGUGGUUAACUUUCAAGCGAUGCGAAACACUAUGGCGAUGUUAUGGCGUCCUCUCCAAGGGGUCCAGGUGCAUAAAGCUCCAUGUGGAUGCCGGAGUGAAAAGGUCGUUAAGAGUAUUGGUAAUUAUGUGGGAACUUAUGUGGAAUCUGAUGAGAAGAACUUUGAUGGCUCAUGGAAGGAGUUUAUAAGAGUAAAGAUUAAGAUUGAUGUUUCUAAACCCAUAAUGGCGUUCAUGAAGAUCAAAAAACCAGGUGGUGACUGGCUUAAUCUGGAAUUUAAUUAUGAAAGACUUGGAAUAGCGUGCUUUAUCUGUGGAAGGGUAGGCCAUUCAGAUAAAUUCUAUAGGUGCUUAUUGGAGUUUGAAAACAUAGUCUAUAAACUGUCUAAGGAAGUUCGAGCUCCCCCUAGACGAUCACAAAUUGCCAGCGCCGGUGAAAUAUGGCUCCGGGAUGGUGGAAGAGGCGGACGUGGGAGUGAAUGGAAGAAUCCAUACGAUUAUGGAAACUCCGCGAUAAGGGUUGAUUCUCCAACAGAAAAUGAUACGAUAAAUCUGAAGGAGAUAUUCAAGGGAGGAGAUUACGCGAGUAAUUUGGGGCUUGAUGGAAGGAAAAAUUUGGAUUUUGAAGAUAGCGGGGGCCUGGAUAAGGAAAGGGUGAUAUUUAUAGAAGGAAAGAGGAGGAAAAUGGAUGAGGUAGUUACUACAAGUCAAAUUGAGGAAGGGAUAUUGGGCCAUAAGGAACCUCAAGCCCAUGGAGUAAGAGUUGGUGGAUUCUAAAAUAUUACUGUUCCAAAAAACAUGUUGAAAGCAGGCCUUGGCAUGGACUAGGCCUGCAAAGAGCAAUGAGUAUUUUGUGCUGGAACUAUCGGGGGCUUGGCAACCCACGAACAGUUCAGGCCCUCCGGGUUCUCAUUUAUUCUAAUAAGCCGAAUUGAUUUUUUUAAGUGAAAUUUUAAUUAGUAGAGAAAAGAUAGACAGUAUUAAAGCCCAAUUGGGGUUUGAUUAUGCUUUUUGUGUUGAGGCUAUAGGACAUAGUGGUGAUCUUGUCUUGUUUUGGAAUAAAAUUAAUAAAGUUAAACUUUUGGGUUACUCGCAAUUUUUUAUUGAUGUAGAGGUUGUUAUGGAAGAUGGAGACUUAAUGCGGGUCACGGGAUUUUAUGGAAAUCCCUGUAGAAAUAGAAGGAAAGAUAACUGGGAUCUAUUAAGGAGUCUUGCUUCUGUUAAUAAUUCCCCCUGGAUUUUUAUGGGUGAUUUUAAUGAUAUUUUGAAUCAUAGAGAAAAGAGGGGUGGGGUAGCCCAACCAAAUUGGUUAGUUGAAGGCUUUAGAAGGGUUGUUUAGGACUCUGGGCUUGUGGACUUGGGCUUCCAAGGGUGUCCUUUUACAUGGGAAAGAGGAAGAGGGAGUGGGCUAUGGGUCCAAGAGAGAUUAGAUAGGGUGUUGGGUAAUGGUGAUUGGGUGGCCCGACAUAAAGAUGCAAGGGUAGUUCAUUUGGAUAGUGUUGUAUAUGAUCAUCUGCCUAUUAUCCUCCAUCUCUAUCGGGUUGAGGUACUCACGCUUCCGUUUUGAGAACCUUUGGACGAACUAUGCUGAAAGUGAAGAGGUAGUUAGGGACGGCUGGAAUAAGGAGGUGGGUGUUUCAAUUCAUAGAAGAAUUAGUAAUACUAGUAAGUCCUUAUUGCAGUAGGGAAGGGAGAAAACAAAUGGCUUUGUGUAUAGAAUGGAAGGGCUUAGGCGAGAGAUGGGUCGGCUACAAGCUAGAACAGAUGAUGAAGGAUUGAAGGAGUUUAGUGAAGUGUCAUCUGAGUUGGGUAGAGUUCAGAAUGAUUACUAUUCCUUCUGGAGGCAGCGAGCUAAACAACUUUAGCAUAGAGAGGGAAACGCAAAUACGAAGUUCUUUCACAAAAUGGCUUCAGUUAGAAGGAGGAAAAAUGAGAUCCAUAAAUUGAAGAAUGGCGAUGGGCAUUGGGUAGAAAAAGGACUUGGGCUGCAUACUCUAUUGAUUGAGUAUUUUAAUAAUUUGUUUAAGUCUUCUAUUGAAGGGUUGGAGGAGGAUUUGUUCCACUGAGGAGCAGAACCAGGACUUGUUAAGACCAAUUACGGAUGAGGAGAUUCGAUUGGCGGUAUUUUUCCAACAUCCGGAUAAAUCUCUAAGGAUAGAUGAUAUGUCUCCGGCCUUUUCUCAAAGAUAUUGGGAAGUUAUAAAAUCUGAUCUGUGUGCUAGUGUUAGGAGUUGUCGUGAAACGGGCGAAUUUCCCCCGCAGAUGCUUGAUACGUUAAUCACACUGGUUUCAAAAAAAGCAAGGCCUAUGAUGAUUUCUGAUUUUCGACCAAUAUCAUUUUCCAAUGUCUUUAACAAAAUUGUUGCAAAGGUGAUAGCUAGUCGUCUGAAGAAGGUACUGCCAAACUUGAUCUCAGAGAACCAGAGCGCUUUUGUAGAAAAUCGUUUAAUCAGGGAUAACAUCAUGAUAUCCUUUGAGAUCAUGCAUUUUCUUAGCAGAAAGAAGCAGGGUAAGGAGGGUCUUGUGGCCUUAAAGCUCAAUAUGAGUAAGGCAUAUGACCGUGUGGAGUGGCUGUUUUUGGAGAAGGUGAUGUUAUCACUAGGUUUCUGUGAGCAAUUUGUUCAAUUGGUUAUGGCUUGUGUUAGGGGAGUGAGAUAUUUUGUGUCUCAGGAAGGUCAGUUGUUAGGACCAAUCAAUCCAUCCAGGGUGCUACGACAAGGAGAUCCACUUUUACCGUAUCUCUUUAUAUCAUGUGCGGACUGGUUGAGUUUUGCCAUUCAGGAGAAGGCAAACAGGGGUGAGAUACAUGGGGUGAAAAUUAGUAGAAGUGCUCCAACUAUAACCCAUUUGCUUUUUGCCGACGAUAGUCUGUUUUUCUUUAAAGCUAAUAUGUUAGAGUUGGGACAUAUUAAAAGCGUUCUUUAGAGAUAUGAAAUGUUAUCUGGUCAGUCAAUAAACUUUGCCAAAUCGGACAUUUUCCUUAGUCCUAACGUUAAAGCAGAUUGUCGCCAAAGCUUUCUGUUGAACUUGGGUGUGACUGAGAUGGGUGUAAAUGGGAUGUACCUGGGUCUUCCUUUAUGUGUUGAGAAGAAUCAUAAAAUGGUGUUUAGCCAAUUGAAAGACCGUGUGUGGGGAAAGAUUCAGAGCUGGAGGGGGAAGUCUCUUUCUUAUGGAGGGAAGGAAAUAUUAAUAAAGAAUGUGUUGCAAUCUAUGCCUUCCUAUUACUUCAACGUCUUCUUUAUACCGAAGUCCAUUUGUCUGGCUAUCGAAACUAUGCUUAAUGCGUUCUGGUGGGGUUCUAAAAAGACAAAUGGGAGCAAGGGUAUUUCAUGGUGUCGUUGGGAAGUUCUGUAUAAGCCGAAAAAAUUCGGGGGUCUUGGUCUUCGUAGAAUCCAGGAUUUUAAUAAGGCUAUGUUAAGUAAACAAUUAUGGAGGAUGCUUAUGGAGCCUGAAUCUCUUGUGAGUAGGAUUUAUAAGGCAAGGUAUUUGCGGUAAGUGGGGAUGCUGUUUAGUCCAAGCCAAAUGUUGGGAGCUUGAAACUGAAUGUUGAUGCUAGUUCUUUCUUUGCUGGAGGUAAAACAGGGGUGGGAUUUGUCCUUAGAAACCAUAGUGGGGACUGGCAGGGUGGUGUCUUUAUCCUGAGGAGCUAUAUUUUGAAUUCUGAAGUAGCAGAAGCCUGAGCACCAAAGGAAGCUUUAUCAUGGAUCUAUGCAUCUGGUUAUGAAGGGAUUCAAGUAGAAUCUGAUUGUCUGCGAGUAGUGGAACUUUUGAAGAAAAAGUUAGAGCCAACGUCGUAUCUCUUAGCCAUUCUAAUAGACUGUCAGUCGUUAAUUAGAACUAUUGAAAAUUGUAAUAUUAUUUUUGUAUUUUGUUCAGCGAAUAUGGUUGCCCAUUUGAUGUCGAAGGCAGCAUGUUCCAUGUCUGAACGUAAUGAAAGUCUAGUAGCUGUGCAGUGUA